CCGGAGGGGCGGAGGGACCCGCGGCGCACGCAGUCGGGGCGCGCGGCUGCAGCGGCGGAGCCGGAGCCGGGAGCCUGAGGAGCGGGAGCGGCGUCCAGAUCGCAGCCCGCGGGGCCCGCCGCAGCCAUGGGCAACCGCGGCAUGGAGGAUCUCAUCCCGCUAGUCAACCGGCUGCAGGAUGCCUUCUCCGCCAUCGGCCAGAACGCAGACCUCGACCUGCCGCAGAUCGCCGUGGUGGGCGGCCAGAGCGCCGGCAAGAGCUCGGUGCUCGAGAAUUUCGUAGGCAGGGACUUCUUGCCCCGAGGGUCUGGCAUUGUCACCCGACGCCCCCUGGUCCUGCAGCUGGUCAAUGCUACCACAGAAUAUGCUGAAUUCCUGCACUGCAAGGGGAAGAAAUUCACCGACUUCGAGGAGGUUCGCCUGGAGAUUGAAGCGGAGACAGACCGGGUCACUGGCACCAACAAGGGCAUCUCGCCGGUGCCCAUCAAUCUGCGAGUUUACUCGCCGCAUGUGCUGAACCUGACCCUGGUGGACCUGCCCGGAAUGACCAAGGUCCCCGUGGGGGACCAGCCUCCCGACAUCGAGUUCCAGAUCCGGGACAUGCUUAUGCAGUUCGUCACCAAGGAGAACUGCCUCAUCUUGGCCGUAUCCCCUGCCAACUCUGACCUGGCCAACUCGGAUGCCCUCAAGGUCGCCAAGGAGGUGGACCCCCAGGGUCAGCGCACCAUUGGGGUCAUCACCAAGCUGGACCUUAUGGACGAGGGCACGGAUGCCCGUGAUGUCUUGGAGAACAAGCUGCUCCCCCUGCGCAGAGGCUACAUUGGGGUGGUGAACCGGAGCCAGAAGGACAUAGAUGGCAAGAAAGACAUCACAGCUGCCCUGGCUGCUGAACGCAAGUUCUUCCUUUCCCACCCAUCCUACCGCCAUCUGGCUGACCGCAUGGGGACGCCCUACCUGCAGAAGGUCCUCAACCAGCAACUGACAAACCACAUCCGGGACACACUGCCGGGGCUGCGGAACAAGCUGCAGAGCCAGCUGCUAUCCAUCGAGAAGGAGGUGGAGGAGUACAAGAACUUCCGCCCCGAUGACCCGGCACGCAAGACCAAGGCCCUGCUGCAGAUGGUCCAGCAGUUCGCAGUGGACUUUGAGAAGCGCAUCGAGGGCUCCGGAGACCAGAUCGACACCUAUGAGCUGUCGGGGGGAGCCCGAAUUAACCGGAUCUUCCAUGAGCGCUUCCCCUUUGAGCUAGUCAAGAUGGAGUUUGAUGAGAAGGAGCUUCGGCGAGAGAUCAGCUACGCCAUCAAGAACAUCCACGGCAUUAGAACGGGGCUGUUUACCCCAGACAUGGCCUUUGAGACCAUUGUGAAAAAGCAGGUGAAGAAGAUCCGAGAACCGUGUCUCAAGUGUGUGGACAUGGUUAUCUCGGAGCUAAUCAGCACCGUUAGACAGUGCACCAAGAAGCUUCAGCAGUAUCCGCGGCUGCGCGAGGAGAUGGAGCGCAUAGUCACCACCCACAUCCGGGAGCGCGAGGGCCGCACCAAGGAGCAGGUCAUGCUUCUCAUCGAUAUCGAGCUGGCUUACAUGAACACCAACCAUGAAGACUUCAUAGGCUUUGCCAAUGCUCAGCAGAGGAGCAACCAGAUGAGCAAGAAGAAGGCUUCCGGGAACCAGGAUGAGAUUCUGGUCAUCCGGAAGGGCUGGCUGACCAUCAACAACAUUGGCAUCAUGAAGGGGGGCUCCAAGGAGUACUGGUUUGUGCUCACUGCCGAGAACCUGUCCUGGUAUAAGGAUGACGAGGAGAAAGAGAAGAAAUACAUGCUGUCCGUGGACAACCUAAAGCUGCGAGACGUGGAGAAGGGCUUCAUGUCAAGCAAGCACAUCUUCGCCCUCUUCAACACGGAGCAGAGGAAUGUCUACAAGGAUUAUCGGCAGCUGGAACUGGCCUGCGAGACACAGGAGGAGGUGGACAGCUGGAAGGCCUCCUUCCUGCGGGCUGGCGUGUACCCUGAGCGUGUUGGGGACAAGGAGAAAGCCAGUGAGACCGAGGAGAAUGGCUCAGACAGCUUCAUGCACUCCAUGGACCCCCAGCUGGAGCGGCAGGUGGAGACCAUCCGGAACCUGGUGGACUCCUACAUGGCCAUUGUCAACAAGACUGUUCGGGACCUCAUGCCGAAGACCAUCAUGCACCUCAUGAUCAACAACACCAAGGAGUUCAUCUUCUCGGAACUGCUGGCCAACCUGUACUCCUGCGGGGACCAGAACACUCUGAUGGAGGAGUCCGCGGAGCAGGCGCAGCGGCGCGACGAGAUGCUGCGCAUGUACCACGCACUGAAGGAGGCUCUCAGCAUCAUCGGCGACAUCAACACGACCACCGUCAGCACGCCCAUGCCCCCGCCCGUGGACGACUCCUGGCUGCAGGUGCAGAGCGUACCGGCCGGACGCAGAUCGCCCACGUCCAGCCCCACGCCGCAGCGCCGAGCCCCCGCGGUCCCCCCAGCCCGGCCCGGAUCGCGGGGCCCUGCUCCUGGGCCUCCGCCUGCUGGAUCCGCCCUGGGGGGGGCACCCCCCGUGCCCUCCAGGCCGGGGGCUUCCCCUGAUCCUUUCGGUCCCCCUCCCCAGGUGCCCUCGCGCCCUAACCGCGCCCCGCCUGGGGUCCCCAGGAAGGGCCCAGCCUCACCUACGCGACCUGCAGCCCCCCGACCGGCUGAGGCUCCCCUCUUAGACUUAUAAGUCUGGUCCCUGGCAUCAACUGCUGCCCCUCCAGGCUCCCCAGGGUCCCCUCUGCGGACUCCUGGGCUUUCUAACCCGCUGAGGGGUUUCCAGCACUCUCCAGCCACCCCUUUUAGAUGUGCCCUUCUGGCUCCAUCUUCUUCCUCCAGCUUGGCAGCUAUUGUGUGGGACUGCCCAAAACUAGGGGUGGUCCUGGGCCAGAGGGAUGAAAGACAGGGCAACCAGAGAAGAGGGAACUGGGUCUGGAACUGGGUGCACUGCCUGGUGAUGUGUGAAGCUGCGUGUGUGGCAGGAGAGGGACACCCCAGCCCUGCCCAGGUUACCCAGCAGCUCCGUCCAGCCCACUAUCUUCAGCCCCCCAUUCUCCCCCGCUUCCCCACCUGUCCCUCCGCCGCCUCCCUCUCUUCUCCAGAAGCUGCUGGGGCAUGGCUGCUCUUGCCCUUACCAGCUGUCUCCUUUUCUCUCCAACUGCCAGCCGAUCGGGUCAGGCAAGUCCGUCCCGUCCUGAGAGUCCCAGGCCCCCCUUCGACCUCUAACCAGAUCCCUCCUAUUCCUCGGAGACCUCCCUAAAGCCUGCCUGGACGGCUGCUCUGUGACUUGACAGUGGCUCCCCGGCCCCAAAGCGUCCCCUUCAUCUGUGACUUAGUCCAUUGUAGUGGUGCGCUGACACAUCCAGGCGUGACGUUGGUGAACCCUCGUGCUGUGUGGUAUUGCUCCCGCCCUUAUGUAUAAAUCUCUAUAAAUACUCAUAUAUAUAUAUAUAUAUAUACAUAUACAUAUAUACAUAUAUAUGGCCGACACAGCCUCGUCCGUGUCGGGAAUCAAUCGCCAUGCUGUCCUUGUGGAGUCUUGUGGCCCAACUACAAGGGACACUAUCACCGACACCCCCGCUCCACAGUGUGCCACCUGCAGUGAGCCUCCUUGUCUUGCUUGGCCUGUGGACAGCCAGCCCCUUGGUCAUUCUGCCCAUGUCCCCCCACCCAAAGCAUGGGGGCGCUGCAGUGGCAGCCACGUGCUUCCCUGACCACCACGUCCUGCUGUCUCUACACUGAGAAUAAAACCUGUGCCUGGACGAUGGGGAA